CAAAACACCUCCAUGCGUACCGGGUCGGUCCACUGUGCAGCAGAAAAUAAACAAAUUUUGGAAAGAAUAAAACACUUAAACACAUUGUCGUAGUGCGGUUUAGGAUAAGUACGGUACAGUUGGUUUUUAUAGAUCACCCAUUUUCCCAACCCCGAUCAAACUUGUUUACGCAAUCAACUCUGCAGUGCAGUCGAAUAUUUAUUGUUCAAUAUGAUGAUCAGGAGGAUAAUAAGAGGCAUGUCUUACUCGCCUCGUGCCCUGUACUCCACGGCUACGGCCAAUGCACCGGUGACAGAGAAGUUCGAUGAGUUUCGCACGAUCGAGCAGAACCCAGCAAAGCACAGCCGCGCUGCAUUAAGCCGGUUCUACACCGUGCCGGUGGAAGUGCGAAAGCAAAUAUUUGCCCACGGCGGCCUACCGAAGAACUUUGAGAAGCAGGUUAAAACAUUCAACGAGUGUUGUCUGAUGGUGCGACAGCCGGCGGUGGAAAUUAUUGAACAUCUUCAGCGGACCAACUUCGAGCGGCCGGUAAACAGAUUCGUCUUGUACGGUGAGGAUGGUGCUGGAAAAUCGCUCACGCUAGCGCACUUGCUGCAUUACGGACACCAACAGCAGUACGUCUUAGUGCACGUUCCUUGGGUACCGAACUGGAUGAAGCGGGCUCGAGAAACGGCCAACUCGAGCACGAUCGACGGUGCCCUGGAUCUGCCACUGGAUGGAGCCGCAUGGCUGGUGCACUUCAAGAGCCAAAACGGUCCACUGCUAAACAAACUCGGGCUCACGGUGAGCCGCGAUUACGUGUGGACGAAGCGUGAAACGACUCCGUCUGGCGCGCCCCUGCUGGCACUAGUCGAGCACGGCAUUAGCCGGGCCAAAUUCGCCUGCGACGCUAUCGCAGCUCUACUGCACGAGCUCAAGCAGCACUCCUGCUCGGGCCGGGUGAAAACAAUGGUGCUAAUCGAUGGUUACAAUGCCUUUUUCCACCCGCACACUCGCAUACUUACGGAAAACAAAGUCCGCAUCACGCCGGACCGGAUCACGCUUACGCGACCCUUCCUGGACAUUACCCGCAACGACUGGACCAAUGGUGUGUGCGUGCUAGCGGUGGAUCGGCUUGCGCUAACGGAGGAGCGGAUGGCCUCCUGCCUGCCGAAAUAUCUGCUGUACAGGGAGGGCUUCGAGCAUCUUGAUCCGUUUGUGCCGAUCCGUGUCGACGGAUACAACGACAGCGAAUACCACAGCUGUAUUCAAUACUACCUGGAUCGGAAGUGGAUCCAGGCGGCCGAACCCGGUUUCGAGGUGGAGCUGAAGAUGCUGAGCUGCCAAAACCCGUACCAACUGAUGCAGCUAUGCUCAUCCCUGUAAAUCGCAAGAAAUUCUACUGCUGUAGUGCAUCUUUUUGCUUCCCUGGCAUAACGCUCAUUUCCGGACAUACCUACCUUCAUGCUCCUCUGUCGAUCAUCAACCGACCUACGUGCAUGGCCAUCCUAGAUCCCUUGACAUUUCCUUUACACUACGUAAUCAAGAUGCACCGCAGUAAUAGUGAUGAGGUUUAGCACCGCAGUGCUGGCGUGAUGAGGUUUUCACCAUAGUGUAUUUGUAAUGUUUUUUUUUUACUGCAUUUCAUAUAAUGUAUGUGCAUUGAUAUAUGUUUAAUGCAAACCAUUUUGCUAGUAAACCUUAGUUGUCAUUUUCGUUUGGGUUUGUAACGGAAGAAAUUUUCACCUAUGUCAACUAGAAAAAUAAUCUAAUGCAUCCGCAAACGCAAUAAAGAAUAAAGUAGCGUUGAA